AUGUCCGCCAACACCAAGAUCCCAGCCAGAACCGUCAGGCGCACCGCCAAAGAUGAGGCUGCAGACCUACAAAUGUUCGAGGAGAACCGUCUCAGAGCGCCCUACGACGAAUGGCCAAAUGAAGCAGGCUUUGAUGGCCUCACCGAGGAACGCGGCCCCAUCGAACUGCACGUUCAAGGCCAGAUCCCAGCCUGGGCCGCCGGCGCCCUCUACCGAACGGGCCCGGGCAGCUGCAAGAUUGAAGACACACCCAAGGGCACCUACUAUGUUUCCCACUGGUUCGACGGCUUCGCGCAGACGCACAAGUUCGACAUCAUUCCCCCUGAAUCCCCAGGUGGCCGGACCCGCGUGCUCUACUCCUCCAGACGGCAAUCCGACGACCUAGUCGCCUCCAUCAAGGCCGCAGGCCAUCAGAACCGCUACACCUUUGGCCAAAAAGCCGAUCCCUGUGUUGGGAUGUUUGGCAAGUUCAUGGGCGUAUUUGCCCGCGGCACUGCCCCCAACAUCUGCGUUGCCGUCAACGCAAACGUCCCCGGCUUCGACACGAAAGACCAAGGCCCCGCGGGGCCAGGCCACCGCAAUGCCGUCCGAAGUCUCUGGCUAUCAACAGACUCGAGUCCUCUCAUGGAAAUCGACCCGGCGACCCUAGAACCCAUCGGCCUCGCCAAGCAAGACAAACUUCAUCCCUCUCUCUCCGGUCCCAUGUCCUGCGCCCACGCCCAGCGCGACCCGGUCACGGGCGACAUGUACAACUUCAAUCUUGCCUUCGCUAUGAAGUCGACCUACCGCAUCUUCCGCACCAGCUUUGCAACGGGCGAGACGGAGAUUCUCGCAACCAUUGCCGGGCCCGACGCGAAGCCAGCCUACAUCCACAGUUUCUUUCUUACAGAGUCGUUUGUCGUGCUCUGCAUCCCCUCGUCGCACUUGGGCUACAGAGGACUCUCUGUCCCCUGGGAACGCAACAUUCUAGACGCCAUUGUGCCAUUCGACAAGAACAACACGUGUAAAUGGUACUUUAUCGACCGCCACCACGGAAAUGGCGUCGUCGCCUCGUUCAACACCCCCGCGGGCUUCUUCUUCCAUGCCACAAACGCCUUUGAGGAGCCGGCGGCCGACGGAAGCCACGGCAUCCUUGACGUCUACUGCGAGAUAUCAGGUUACCAAAACCUCAACAUCCUCUAUAAUCUCUACUAUGACGUCAUCAUGAACCGUAACUCUGCCGGCGAGAAGUUUUGGACAGACGAGAACAAUCGCUACAAGAAUGGCUACGCCAGCCUCCAGCGCUUCAAAUUUAGAAUCCCCAAACCCGACGGCUCACAAGCAGCCAAGACAGCAACAAUCACAACGGCACCACCACCAGAGCUCGUUGCCUCGAUCCCGGCCCCGCACGCCGGCGAACUCCCCACAAUCAACCCUGCUCACCUGACCAAACGCCAUCGCUACGUCUACAGCCUCUCGGACCGCGGCCUUAGCACCCUGCUCGACACAAUCGUCAAAACCGACGCCGAUACUGCCGAGGCCCUCAUGUGGGAGUGUCCCACGGCCCACACGCCCGGCGAGCCAAUCUUUGUUCCACGGCCCUCUUCCGCUGGCGGUGCCGAUGGUCCCGAUGGACAGAUGGCUGAAGAUGACGGCGUGAUUCUGAGUGUCGUACUGGACGGCACCGCGCAGACGAGUUACGUUUUGUGCCUCGACGCCAGGACCAUGACGGAGCUCGGUAGGGCAGAGUGCGAGUUUGCUGUUGGUAUUGGCUUCCACGGCAUUCAUGCCCCUUCCUGA